GGAUGAUCUGGAGCUAGAGUCCAACUUAAUCCUUUGUCUCCCCCCCCGCCUUGUGUGACAGGACCUUCCUUUGUCUGGGCCACAUACAUAUGUACAUACAUACAAUGCAGGACCCUACCACCCCGUCCAAGCCGCCAUCAUCCCGGCAGCCCUCUUCGUUAGCUUGUGUAUCCUGUCGCCGCCGCCAUUUAAAGUGCGAUGCCCUGCUGCCAGCCUGUACUCGCUGCCAAUCCACCAAUUCAGAAUGUCGUUAUGUACGGUCGAGGCGAGGAUUGCGUACCAAACAGAGCAAUCAAUCCCCCCCGCGAUUCGACGAACAAAUGUUGACUGCAGACGAUUUUGCUACCUGGCUGAAUGCCACCACUCUGUCAACAGACUUGGAGGCAGAUCCGGCGCUUCUCCAUGGGCUCGAAACGCCGCCAGUAUGGGAUAUUCCUUGCCUCCAAGAUGAUACCACCACAACGACCUGGCACGAACCAGAGCCGGUCGCAAGGAUUGCCCCUGAGAUAGCUUAUGAUCCAAUGGUGCAGUUAUACUAUCAAAACUUUCAUCGGUCCCACCCUUUCUUGAUACCGAGAAAGGUACUUCAUUCUCCCCUUCAGCACCGGAUACCUCCCUAUAUCACCGGGAUUAUGCGGUACAUUGGCGCACAUUAUUACCCCGAUGUAAGAUUCAAGGAAGAAUUCCGGCCGGCAGCAUAUACAGUUCUAUCCGAUGUCACCCCGCGGGACGGGUUCAAAGUUCAAGGACUGCUGUUACUUGCGAUCAUCGAGCAUGCCCAUGGCCAAGAAGAGAACGCGCAUAUGAAAAUCCAAAUGGCGAUUGAUCUCGCCCUAGAGCUGGGAAUGAACCGUUCUAGUUUCGCUCUCAUAAACUCCGAGGGUAAUUCGGUGCUCGCCGAAAGCUGGCGUAGGACAUUUUGGGAAUUGUAUGUUGUAGACGGGUUGUUGGCAGCUAUGCGAGACCAAAGCUCGUAUCGUCUUUUCUCCCAGAAGGCGGAUGUCCGAUUGCCUUGCGCUGAGGAGCUUUAUAAUUCUGCUAGUGAGAUCACGCCAAAUACACGAACCCUGAACGAUCUCAAACAGAGCUGGUCUCUCGACCAAUGCAGCUCCUCCUUCACUUACCGAAUUGAAGCUGCGCGGAACCUCGGGCUAGUCAUGGAAGUGAACCGCUCACUGGAUGUUGACCUCAAAGCCCGGGUUGAGACAGUUGACGCCACUCUUGUCUCGUCGCUUAUGCAAAUACCUUCAUCUCAAGAUGGCACCUCUUUAGACAUCUCGAAUAUUGACGAAAUGCUCUUCCAAGCAGAGAUGAUCACCUACCUCGCAUUGAUAUAUCUCCACCACCCUCGUUCCAGCAUGCGCUUUGCUUCUUUCCACGCUCGAACAUGGUGCACCCGGCUCCGAGUCUGCAACAACAACCCACCGCCUACGGAACUGGAUCUGCAUUCGCAAAAGUUCCUUCGCGCGGCGGAUAUGUUAUCCAAUCUCGUCACUCUGCCGAGUACGAUCAAGUCCCGCACUCCGUUCUUUACAUGUGCUCUGGCAAUGUGUGUUAUUGUGCACACGGCAGCAUGCCUGAUCAUGUCGACGCCUGACAAGGUCGAGUCGCUCAAGACGCGAAUUCAACUGAGCAUCGGUGGUCUGAAUAUGCUGGGCAAGUCCUGGCCGUUGGCAAAGAUGGUGAGGCAGCAGAUGGUGAACAUGUACCAAGAGGUCGGGUUGCGUUGAAUGUCGCGUUCCCUUCUUGGAUAUGUUUCAUGUUCUACUCUCCCGCACGCGGCGGACGGCUGGUCGCCUCUCACGGCACCUUCAUAAUAUAUGUCUGAAUAAAUCACCCGGCUGGACAAAGGCAUAAUUAUGCUAAACAUGCUGCAUGUGGGACAUCUUAGAGACCGUCGAAGCUGGCCUGUUGACGAAUGGGAAAGAACCGGAUGAUGGAGGAAAUCAUCCGGAGGAUAACCCCGAGCGUAUGCUCUCACUUGAGAGACUGGCGUUCUCACUUUCCUGACUACGGUCCUAAGAAGGCCUCAGGUUGAGUCGAGCUUCGUACCUUGUGCUCUUUUUUCGGAUAUUGAACCGGCGACAAUCAAACACAAACUAGACUUGAAUGCCGCUCAAAGAUUGGCAACUAUUUAAAAUGGAUUCAGUAUUAGUGGAGGGUAUAGCAUCUAGAGAGGGCAGUGACUCAACUUCAUUCUGUUUGUCUGACAUGACUUGCAUGCCUGCGAGCGAUGCCUCAAAGUUACCAUACUAUAUACCCGUGUUUUUUGGUCUGAUAGAGAGAGAAAGCCAUAGAUACCAGAAGACAAUUAGAACAGAUUAUUGUGACG